GCACCAACCAUUACGGGUAGUUUAUAUACACAUUUUAUUCACUGAAAAAGAGAAGGAGGAUUUAAAUAAAAAUAAGGCACUAAAAGAUGGGAUAUUUACCUGUGCUUAGAUGGGGAAACGAAGUAAAAUCACCUGGCUAUUGAGAGCGGCGUCUGGCAUUUGGCACACCUAGCAACCCUGGUCGCGACGUAUACCUUUUAUGUGUAAAAAAGUGAAGAAUUCGCUUGGUGGGCGGACGAAACGUCCGAAUUUACCGAAGAAUCUCAAUAUCCAAUAAUAGAAAAACAGCAUUUACUCGUGCACAAACUGAAAAUCCGUGGAAAACCCAAAGUGACAGUGAUUUUCCUUUACUAUACGAUCCCAAAAACCACAUUAAAAGCAACUUCCGCAGACGUCAGCAAGUGCCAUAUAAAAGAAAUAUAUGAAAUAAACAAAUAACAGGGACAAUUCUAUAAACAAAACCAAAAAGGAAGUAAACAUUAGAGCGCAAGGAAAUAGGAGCGGCAGCGAGUGCCGUUGUCAUGCAUUUUGUCACACAGCAGCGGGCACAACAGCAGCACCACCAGCAGCAGCACAAAUCCACCUCCUCGUCGAGUUCCUCGCUGGCCUCAAGCUCCUCGUGCUCCGGAUCUGGAUCGGGAUCAGGAUCGGGAUCGGGAUCGGGAUCGGGAUCGGGAUCAGGAUUCCGCUUUGUGACCCUGCGCAAGUCCGCAAGCCAGGGUGCUCUGCCCAAGUCCUUGGCCACCGCCCACAGCCUCUUCCAUCGCCAUUCGUCCUCGCACGGCAAGCACAAACGCACCGCCAGCUUAAAUGUGACGCCCAUGAUUAAAGAUAGUGAUAUAUACAACCCAACAACAUCAAGUGUAACCAUAACCGCUACGACUGCCGAAAGUUCGCGCAGUAGUAGGCCCCCUGCCAAUGCCAACAUGAUACCCGAGACCACCCAGCCCGAACAGCUCCAGUCACAGUCACAGAUACAGACACAAUCCCAGCUCCAGUCACAGCUCCAGUCACAGCUUCAGUCACAGUCACAAUCGCCGUCACAGUGCCAGCAGACGGAGGAUAAUCCAGAGAAUCCCCAGCAGCAAUCGCAGCCGGAGGAGGAGGAGGAGCAGGCGGAGCCGGUAGCUGGUAGCAAUGGUGGCGACAGGCGCGAUUCGAUCACCGAGGAGAUCACGAUCACUAGCACCACAAACAGUAGUUUGAGCAACAAACUCUUGACUAUACAGGAAGCUGCCGGCAGUCUUGAGCAGAGCAGCAUCUCCAUAUCGACGUCCUCCAAACAGAACGCUUCCACAACAGUUGGCGGCGUUUCGCCACCAGCCGGAGCUCCAGGUGCCAAUGAGUCCACCGGCAGCAACCUUAGUUUAAACCAGGCCGCCACUUCCACUAGUCCUGGCUGCAGCAAUCCAGUUGCGCCAGGGGCCACGCCCAGCAUAAAUAUUGUGUCCGGCGAGACCAGUCGGGAUCAGUCGGGAACACAGCAGUCGCAGAGCGUCGACUCCAACGGAUAUACUGCUCCUGGCAGCUGCGGCACGGAAAGUCCCGCCAGCCGAAAGAACUCCACCGGCUCCAAGGGCAAGGCCAGCCAGGCGAAGCUAUCCACAUCCAGCAGCGGACGCGAUGAGCAGGACAUCUCGCACCACCGGCUGAGCGAUCUCACCCCGCACGAGCUGAGUCUGCUGCGCGUCGACCGGGAGCAACAGGUGACCAGCAGCAGCUCCACAUCCAACGAGAAGCCGGCCAAGCCGUCGCGGCUCUCGGAGCGGGCCAAGAAGAAGUCCUGGUACAACGUCAUCUAUCCCAACUACAAGUCGCGGGCCGAGGACUUCAAGAAGCUCUUCAAGGACGUGCCCAACGAUGAGCGCCUGAUUGUGGACUACUCGUGUGCCCUGCAACGCGACAUUCUGGUCCAGGGCCGUCUGUAUGUGUCACAGAACUACGUCUGCUUCCAUGCGAACAUCUUCAGCUGGGAGACCUACGUGAGCAUCAAGUGGAAGGAUGUGACGGCCAUAGCCAAGGAGAAGACAGCCCUCGUGAUACCCAAUGCCAUUUCGAUAAGCAGCGGCAAGGACAAGUACUUCUUUGCCACGUUCACCUCGCGCGACAAGAGCUUCUUGAUGCUCUUUCGCGUCUGGCAGAACACGCUGAUGAACAAGCAGUUCUCGCCGCAGGAGAUUUGGAAGCAUGUGCACACCUGCUACGGUGAGGAGCUGGGCCUGACCACCGACGACGAGGACUACAUCGAUCCCACGCUGGACAACGACAACGAGACGGACUUUGACUUCCAGACGGCCAUCGAUGAGGAUAGCCAGUCGCAGCGCCAGUCGCAGCAGUCCAACCAGUCCAACCAGUCCACCCAGUCGAAUCCCCAGCUGCCCCAGAGCGGCAACAGCAGCGCCAGCAGCGGCGGCGGAAUCCGAGCCUCUGCUCCACGCAAGUCCAAGACGAAAUACUUCUUCAACUCCUCCAAAUCCUCGGCCAACGCUUCGGCCAGCGGAUCGGAUAACAACAAGACCCGUGAGAGCUCGCGCAAGCUGAACAAGAAGAUGAAGCAGAAUGCCAAGGAGCUGAUCCUCAGCUCCGUGAAGCCCACGGAACUUUCGGUGAGCGUCACCAUGGGCGCUCCCAAUGCCAGCAGCAGCAGCACUGCCGGCUCCACCACGGCUUCCUCCUCCACCAUAGCCAACCUCACGGGCUCUGGCUCCGGAUCGGGAUCGCUAUCCGGUUCGAAUACGGCCGCAGCUAGUGGUAGUGGCAGUGAAAAGAAGAUCGCUGAGAAGAGGAUCAGCACGGCUUCGAACUCGGCUGCCAUUGCAGCAGCGGCACCCUCUGCAUCCAUGGCCACUGCCACCUCAUCCGGGGCUCCAGCCACGGAAUCCAAGCUGGAGACCAAACGCAAAUUGGGAAAACUUCAUCGCCAACGUGAGGAUGGCAAAAAUGCCGUCGAGAGUGUGCCCACAGAUGUUUCUGACUCCUCUGAUUCCGAAGAAAACAAUUUACCAUUUGUGCCCACUACAGAGUGCACCUCGACGCAUGAGGGUCGCCAGAUCGUCCACACCAUUCUGCCCAUCAAUGUGGACACCUUAUUCAAUAUGCUGUUCAGCAAGUCGAAAUUCAUAACUGACUUCCAUGCGAUGCGCAAGUCGACGGAUCUGGUAUUGGGCGAAUGGACCAGGAACGAGGAGGGUCUCCUAGGGCGCACCGUCAACGUAACCGUUCAAUUGGCCGCCUCUGUGGGACCCAAGACAUCAAAGGUAACCGAGUAUCAGGUGCAGCGGGAGUGCAGCAAGCCGGGCGAACUGUAUUCCAUAGACGUAAAUAGCAUUAAUGCAGGCAUUCCAUAUGCGGACAGUUUCAGUGUGCUCAUACACUUCUGCCUGGCCAGAACUGUCGAUGAUCACACCAUGCUGUCGAUUCACACCCAGAUCAAGUACAAGAAGUCGAUCUGGGGCGUGGUCAAGGGCUUCAUCGAGAAGAAUACGUGGGCAGGAGUGGAGGACUUCUUUGGCGCCCAAUUGCAUGCCCUCCAGAGCGAGACCUGCAUUCCACCGGCCAAGGGAAAGGGACGCAGACCGAGGAGAGGCAUGAAUCAGCAAUCCGUCACCGCCACCGCCACCCCCAUAUCGACAUCCACCGCAAUGGGUGCCAUCCAGCACACAGCAACCACUACGGACAAUGACAGCAUCCAAGAGUCAGCCAAGCGCCAUCUUCAGCAGAACGAGCACCAUCAGCACCAGCACCUGCACAUGCACCAUCAUCAUCACCAUCACCACGGUAGCCAGCAUCAUCACCAGCAUCACCACGAUCCCAGGCACUCGCUAUCCCAUCACCAUCAUCAUCCGCAUCAGCAUCAGCAUCCGCAUCCUCAUUGGCAUCAGCGUAAGGCUAUACUUCCGUCGAGCAGAGGUACCGCCUCCCAAAUCCGCCCCCUGGAGGAGCCAGUUGGCCCGCUCCCGACCGGAGAUCCCCUGGAGGCCCAGAUGCUGGCCACGGGUGUCGUCGCUGGUGCGGCAGUCGGCGCCUCCGCCGGUCAUCCGCUGCUGCUCGAGGGCGGCAAGAAGCAGCAGCAGCAGCAGCAGCUCCACCACCACCAUCAGCACCACCUGCAGCCGCACAAGCACCACAAACAGCAGCAGCAGUUGCACCUGGGCGGUGGCGACGACCAAACACUGGCGACGGGACAGGGGCCACAGGGUCACAGAUUCAGACACAAGGGCUUGUGGUUGUUGGUUAUACUGUUGCUAUGCUUGAUGCUGGCUCUAAAUGUGAUAUUAUUACUUAAGCUCUGGAAGCUGGAGGAACGGAUUGACGUGGAUCUCAACCGGCGGGCCCGCCUGCCCAGUUUGGCGGCCUUGAGUGAGCUACCGAGCACGAAUCAGGAAUGGCUCCAAAUGCUGCGCGACCAGGAAAUGGCGCACGAGAACGAGCUGCACAAGUGGAAACAGGUGCUCCAAACUGCCAUCGAACUGCUGAAAAAGGUGAGCAUUGUCUGCGAAAAGAUCUACAACGAUGGCCAGCUGCGUCAGAGCAUUGAGUCGAUGUCGAUGGCGGUGCACACAGAAUUCUAAGCAUCUCAUUAGACGGUGAAUAACAGCAGCGAACAGCGGCAUCGGCAAAACAACAAGCGACAAUUAAUUGUAAAUCUUUAACACUCACAACCACACACAUGUAUACACGCAGUGCGUUUCAUGAUUGCAAGGCAGCUGUAGAGAAGUAAGGAUAAAGCCGAAAAUUGAAUGAAUUUGCUAGUUAAUAUUGAAUUAAAUUAUAUUUUCACAUGACGUACUUAGUCAGCAGCAAUUUUAUGAUUUUUAUGUUGCCUAACAAGAUCAUAUAAUAAUCGAGUUUGAAUGUAUACCUUUGCAUUUGAUGGUCAGGUUUCUUAUUGAAAUGUAAGAGUGGCGAGUUUUCGAAAUAGGAUUUAACGACCUGAACGUUUUGAAACGCACUGCACUUGCGGGCAUUUGUUACUGAUCUCUUAGUUAGCAAUACACAAAACCCAAAAUUGUUGCAUGAUUUUUUCCUCUGUGGGAGAAAAGUUUUCUCUGGCACCGACUGAAGAGAUAAAUGUUGAAAACUCGUAUAGUCAAAUCCAAGCUUUAACCAUUGAUUUCCGACAUCUAUCUCAACCAGAGUUAACAUUUCUUUAGAGAUAAGUUUUGUAUUCCGUAGAACAAACUCAAAGCCAGCACAUUUGUUUAAAUGCUUUUAUGAACUCUAAACGAAAUUGUAUUGAAAAUCCUUUUGGCCUAUAUGAUAAAUAUAUUGGAAUAUUGAGACCAAUUCCUAAGGCACCACACAAACUCACAACCUUUUUUAUUUUUGUAAGUAAUUUUUUAUUUUUUGUAAACGUGGAAAGUACUCAUUCACUUUCAGCUAACACUUUUUAUGUUUGACUAAUAUGUAUUUUAGUUGCUUCCCUGUAGAACGCUUUUCAUGUGGACAAUAUAAGUUUGCCUUUAACCCGUUUUACUCAAAUACUUUUUGUUUUUCAGACUGAAAGAACUUUGGCUGAAAUCAUUGUACGUUAGCAGUAAAAUAGUUUAAACAACAUGUUGUGCAAGUAAAAUUAAUCCAAUCCAAUUGUCUUCGACAAGCUAGCAAAACACCCAAAGCAAUGUCUUGGGCCAAGAGCAAAGUCACCAAAAAAAUCUGAAAUUGAAUUUAAAAUUCAACUAAAAUUUAGUCACAAACACCCAACACACAUAAGUGAAAUUGAGGACACAAGCCAAUCUGUCAUUUAUACAUUUAACAUAUUUAUGAUUAUGUCUUAACCGUAAGAAAAGCGCAGUGUAAUUUAAAAUAUAAGUAGCUGCAUUUUAGUUAGAUUAGAGCAAUUGUUUUUGUUUUUGUUUUUACCACGGCAUUUACAUAAGUGUAGCACCUCUUUGCUUGGCUUUGCUUUAGACAAAUGUAUCAACAAAUUCCUCAAGUAUUUCAUAUCUCACAACAUACCAAAAACCGAAACAAAUCAAGCGAAAGCGCCCUGAAUUUUUGUUUUAGAAAAUUCAUUUAUAUAUGUGUCGAGCAAGCGCAAAACUGGCAUUCUGCAGAGAACAUGGUUAAUAAUAAACUAUAAUAUAGUUGCCAAUCUUUGGCUAGGGGAAAUUUGAUAAAAAACGAUUAUACAAAAUAUUUAUUGUGUACAAUAUUUUUGUAAAACCAAUCGAAACAAUUGUGAGCAAUGUUUUCGUUCGUUUUGUAUAACGCCUCCUAACUCUUUACCCAAACCAAUUUUUUGCCCGUUUACAGACGAUACCGAUACCAAUACAAAAUUAAAAACGAAAACUUCAAACUAUUCAAUUGAAAGCGAAAGGCAAGAAUAAAACCAAUAAUUGCAUACUCUAUACACACUAUAUAUAUGUACCAUAUGUAUGGCCAAGUAUUGUUAGUCAGUAGUAGUUGCAUUUUAAAUUAACAGAGCAAAGAUAAACAAAGUAAAAGCUAAAGGAAAAACAAGAACUUGUGCGAAUUAAAUGGAAACAGAAAUUAAUACAGAAUACUUAAGAGAAUACAUUUAGUUUUAUGCUAUGAAAAUUUAAACGUUGGCUAAACCCACACUCAAAACAAAAUCUUGUCAAACUAUUUUGGGCCUUCGCAAAAUUGGCUUAAAAUUUGUGUCACAAGUUAGGCUUAAUAAACAGAACAUACAAGAAUAAGAAACCAAAUGUUAAGCCGCAGUAAUAAAAAUUCUAAUUUAUUAUAAAAACAAAUAAAUAAAAAUAAAAAAAAAAUAA